AUGGCCAGUUCCAGUGUCAAACGCUUGGUCAUCACCCUCAUGGACACCUCCACAGACAAGGACCCGGAUGUACAGGAGCAGGUCUACAGCUCUCUAUGUUUCAUGGGAGAGACCGCAACGGUGGAGGUGCUGGAGUCAUGUGACUCCUACCUCCGACAGAACAAGUUAUCCACUACUCAUCGCACCAUAAUCCUGAGAGCAAUGGAGACCAUAGUAAAGGAAAACCUUUCAAAACUGAACAAAGACAUGGCCAGGAUGGUCAUCCUGCUGGCCUCAAAUGAGAUGACCAAAUCUAAGGACAUCGUGUUUGAGUGGCAGCAGGCGGCCAGCAACGUCCUAGUUGCGGUUGGCAGGAGCUUCAUUAACAAUGUCAUGGAGGAGAUUCUGGUGAAGUUCCAGCCUGGGAUCCUCCCACACUUCUUCAUCAUGCAGACGUUGGCCAAUCUCUCGGUGGCAAAUGUGUUUGGGAUGGUCCCGUUUCUGAACUCCAUUCUGGGGACCAUGCUGCCAAUGUUGGGGAUGGCCAAACAGGACCCCAUGAAAGCCGUCUUCUGUGUUGCUCUGCAGCGGUUCAGUGAGAGUAUUCUGGAGUAUCUGGCCAAUCUGGAUAAAGCUCCAGACCCCACCGUGAGGAAAGACACCUUCUCCAGUGAACUCUUCAGUGCCUAUGACAUCCUCUUCAAUAACUGGCUGCAGAACCGCGAGUCCAAGGUCAGAUUGGCUGUGGUUGAAGCUCUUGGGCCGAUGAGUCACUUGUUACCCAAUGAGAAGUUGGAGGAGCAGCUCCCUCGUCUUAUCCCCGGCAUCCUCUCUCUCUAUAAGAAGAAUGUGGAGGCCUUCUAUGUUACAAAGAGUUUCUGUCAGAUCCUGGAGAGCGGUGUGGCCAAUGACAGCCGGACUCUGGAGCCUCUGAUGGACUCGGUGCUGUCAGCCCUUCACUCCCAGAUCUGCUCCUCCCUGGACUCCUCCACUGAUGAUGGAACGGAAUAAGAAUGAGCUCCUCCGCUGCUUCACAGUUCUCGCCACCACAUUCCCGGAUCAAUUGCUGUCAUUUCUACUUCCCAAAAUGGAGACCAACAACCCCAAAGUGCGAGUGGGAGCGCUCAUCAUCCUGAAACAGGUCCUCAACUCCUCCGCGCCAUUUAUGGAAGUGAAAAAACCGCUAAUCCUGGCGGCUGCGAGAAAUCCUCUACAGGACACCAGCAACCGGGUACAUGGGGGCCAAUGGGAGAGAACACUGACACCAAUGAUGGGGCACUAUUCCUCCCACUGA